UUUGGUUAGUGGCGCCGUUUAUGUGUUCAUGGGCCGCGCCCUCAAACUGGGAGCAUAACUUCCACUUGCUGCUCCGAUUCCGACUGUGAGAGCAUUGCUUUCACUGUAUUGUGGCAAUGGCUAAGGGGGAGGACGCUGUCCGAAGGAAGAAGAACAAAUCGAUUCGCAAGAAGCUCCGAAAGCAGAAUGACUCCUCCUCCGUUUCUGCCAAGGUGGCCGCCAUCAUCGCCGCCAAGAAGCGCCGCCUUUCCGGAAAACGCCGCAUGUGCCAGGGGAUGUGCUUUAGCCUGCCUACUCCAGAUGAUCCAUUCAAUGACCGACAAGGGAAACCAGAAUUUAAAAAGAAGCGUUCUAAAAAGAAAACCCAUUCCAACAAAGAUGAGAGAUGUGAUGGUGGGAAGAGUGCUGCUGGAACGAAAGACAUGCUUGGAGGUAAUAUUCCAAAAAUUAACAAGUUAGGGGAAAAUGAAGUCACAGAUCUGAAACAUGAAUAUAAAAAAUCUGUCACAGCCACCCUGGGGCAGGAAUGUAUUAACGUGGAAAGAGCAAAUAUUGAGGUGAUUAAGAAGGAGUGCCUUUGUGGUCCCCAGGGAAAAGAAUGUGAAAACCCUGAGUCCCCUUCAAAAUUUCUAUUGUGGUGUUUAAGUUCAAUUGAAAAUGCACUGCGGCAUGAUGAUGCUUGCACUGAUCAAGAGGGAGACUCUUUGCUUUUUGACCCAUGGGGAUUGGAAUUUUGGAAAUGUUAUUCUACUGGGAAAGAUAUAAUGGAGACCGGUGGAAAUUCUGCUACCACUGAACAAAUUGCCUGGAUGGUUUCUAGUGCUGCCGAUACUAUUGCAAGAAAGGAGAAAGAAGGCUUAUCCUUUGGCAGUCCCUUUCUUCUAUUUCUAGUGCCUUCCCAAGAAAAAUCUGUUAAGGUCCGCUCGGUCUGCAAGGCUUUGAAACCUCUUGGGAUUCAUACAGUGAGUAUACAUCCAGGUGCCUCCUUAGACCACCAGAUUCAAGGUCUGAAAUGCUGUGAGCCAGAGUUCCUUGUCUCCACUCCUGAAAGGCUUUUGCAACUUGUUUCUUUGAAGGCUAUCAAUAUAUCUAGUGUCUCUAUGCUGGUUGUUGAUCAGUUGAACUCUUUCUUUAGCGAUGGCCACAUUGAUGCUAUAAAAUCAAUCAAGGAUUCUAUUUCUGGCGCUCCCCGACUUGUAGUUUUCAACAACUGUACCCAUUAUUCAUCUAUCCCAACCAUUCAAAAUCUUUUGGCAGGAUCCAUUUGUAGACUAUCUCUUAAUGGUUCAGUUACAAGUCAAAGUUCUUGCAUUGUCCAGACUGCAAAAACGUGUGCAUCUGAAGAAGAAAGGCUUCAGGAGAGCAUCCAAGCCUUGGGUCAGUGUUGGAGUGGCCAGACGUUUAAAUCAUAUGUGUUAUAUAUCGUAAGAAAAAUUGUGAAGUCCCAAAAAUUGGUGGCUGCACUCAAAUCCAGAAGCUCUUCCCUUACAGUUGGGUCUGAUUCACAAAUAUAUAAUGAUAGUGUGGAUUCAGAGAGCAGAACGAAACCAGCGGUGGCCUUGAUAGAUUUUGAGCAUAUCUCCACUGCAGAUAUAGGGAAGUAUGAUAUAGUGAUUCUACCCAGUUUUGUACCCUCUAUUGAACGUUAUACGCAUAUUUUAACAAGGAUGGCCCGCCACAGUGUCCAUGGUGUCCUGCACAGUUUCCUGACUAAGGGAGACACAAAACACGUCGGACCACUGAUUGAAAUUCUAGAGCAGUGUGGGCAGGAAGUGCCCGAGGCAUUGAGAAACUUGCAUGUUACCCCACACAUGAUGGAAGAGUGAAUCUGAAUCUUCUUUGAUUAUCAUUGUUAGAUUCUUUCCAGCUCUGCGAGACUAAUUGCCAGCACAAAACCAAUUCAUUUUCCAGCUGGAACUACCGCCGGGAAGCUUCAGAAGCACACUGUAAUGUUGAAUUCAUACUAUGCAUGCCCAUUGGUGAUAUAGGAAAUUAUGAACAGAAAGGACUUGCAAAAUUAUGGGUUGUGCAUAUAGCUGUGGAAGACUAUGUAUUUGCUGUGUUAAGAUAACUGAAUAAUAAUUUUUUGGGGAAGAAUACAUAACUCUUCAUCAAGUUUCACUGCGUAGGUUUGGCACCAGCGCAGCUUUACAGGUAA